ACAUUUGCAGCUUUUUGUCAAAACAUGGUCACAUGGUUUGAGUUUGGCGGGUUUGGUACGAACCGCCUACUGCAUGUUAUCUUUAUAAAAUAAAAACGGUUGAUAAAAAAUAAAGAAGAAAACAUUUCUCCUUCACCUACGCACCACAAAUUACCACUUCUAUGCCUGGGAUAUCCGAAAUGGCUGCCUCAGACCCAACCAUCCCUCCAUGUUACGUUCUUGUGCGGAAACUGACCAUGGAAGAAAUCACCCGCAUGACCCUUAGCCCCCUUUUCAUAUCACGUAAAUGUAAAUCCUGUCGCAAGUUUGCAUAUAACGGCCUUGAGUGCUCCAAAUGUUCAGUUUCUUACCACUAUGAGUGUGCACUGAUGCGCCGUGAAUGCUGCGGGGUGCGUCUCCAGAUCGAGACCUCCGAUCAACUGUGCUCUAAAUGUAAAGUCUGUGUUUAUCUCGGCCCCCAAUGUUCCUUCUGCCACAGAAAGUACCACAGUUCUUGUAUUACUCCAUACGAGCAGUGCUGCGGCUUCAAUUUGUCUGAGCGCCCGGCGCAAAAACCGUGUGGGAAGUGCAAACAGGGGGUGUCCUUUGGGCCCCGAUGCCCGCUUUGUGCCAAAGUCUAUCAUUCCGAAUGUGUUGAGAAUGAGAAGCUUGUUUGUUGCAAUGUUAAGGUGCUCAAAGACGAAAACGUUAAUUCUCGCUGUUACAAAUGUCAGAAAAGGGUGAUGCUUAGUACACCAAUGUGCCAAUUCUGUGGGAAUUUUUCCCAUAAAAAAUGUCUAAAAUUUAAAGGUUGUUGUGGGGACAGGAGACCCUCCCUGGAACUGUUCUUCGUUCCUUCUUUCAAGUUUAUGUUGUCGUAUUUUAAUCAAUUCGAUAAAAAGAAGGCACUAUUGACCAAUGCCGAAGUGAGAGUUAGGAAUCGCACACGUUCGUUAAGAAGCACCUCUCAAGACUCUGAAAGGGGACGAACGAGGAGCAUGGCUUGCCAGACCCCUCACCCUCUGGAUAACAUUGUGAUAACUAGCAUCAAGACUGCUGACGACGAUUCGGAUUCACCCCCAGUUUUGGAGAGAGAAAAUUACACACCGCCAACGGUGUCAUCUUCGUCAUCUAGAUUGGAAAAUGACGAUACUCUCAAAGACUUUUUUGAUUUUUUGUGUAAAACGAUUAAAAAGUUUCCGCCACAACUGCAAACACAAGUUAAGGUUGAUUUGUUUAAAAUCGUUUCUGAAGCUGAGCUCCGGCUGCAAAGGAUGUAAUUAAAUACCACCUGUUUUAAGUGAAGAAUUGUACGGUGUUACCACGUUUAGCCGAAUUUGUAUUUUUUAAUAAAUGAAUUUGUAAUAAAAA